ACAGACCCGCUGCACUGGCAGUGUGCAGUUUUUACUGAGAGUACACUCAGAGCUCUGGCCCCUAUAACAAACAGUCUUACCUCAACAAAUACAAAUGCUCCAAGUAUGUCAACAGAAACUUCAACUGUAACAAACCAAGGUAAUAUCGUUGAACCAUUAAUAUAAAGUAUUUUCACCUUGAAUAAGAUUAAUACGCGCAAGACAUACAAUCUGAAAGCUCUAUAGAUUACACUAAUAAUUUGUCACUGUGUAAUCAUGACAUUGGUGUAAUUAUGAGUCUCAACAUGUUUCUGCAGUAGAUACCACGACACAGGACAGUCUUCGACAUAUUGUGAUCAUAGUGGCUUGUGCUGUCAUUGUCAGUGUGCUGAUUCUGCUGGGAUUUCUAGUUUUUAAAUGUCAACAAAAACAGGUGAACUCAUCACAGAGACAGUAUAGAAAGGAGAAGAUGGGCCAUAGAAAAAAGAAUAGGAGCAGUUGUGAUGCUCAAUAUGGCAGCUGUCCCACAUUUUGUUUAAAAAGCUACAGAAAUGGCCUUUUCACAGAGACAUUCCCUUUUUUCUACUCUAGUACAUGCUUGGAUCGGCCUAAGUGUUUAUCAGGUCUUGGUCUGUCUCCAUUCAAGUAGAUAAGCACUGUACUUAGGAAUAGUUAGCCUACUUACUUGCAUUAAGGAGCAUUGCCUUAUCACAUUAAUAUUGCAGAUUAACCUUUGUGGGUUCUUUACAGUGAGAAAUCUGUGUAAUAUUUUUGGAUAACACUUUAUUUUGAUAACCUUUGAACAUUCUGUUGACAAUAAGUAAUGUUGCACCUACAUGUCUACUAACUCUCAGAGUAUUAGUAGACUGCUUAAUAUCUUAAUAUUGUCAUGGUCUCCAAACAGACAUUCUACUGACUAUAAGUAACUUUGCAAGUACAUGUCAAAUUAUUCUAACCCUAACCCUAUCAGUCUUCUAAUACUCUGACGAACUGUAAUGAUAAUUAGUAGACAUGUAGCUGCAAUGUUACUUAUAGUUAACAGAAUGUGUUAAAAGGACCAUCAAAAUAAAGUGAAACCAAUAUAUGACUAUGAUUAUUUUUCCAGGAUUAUUUUUGACAGCUGGUUUAAAACCAAGUAUAUAAGUUCAGAGGUUAGCUGUGAAACACCCUCUAUCAUAAACAUUUCAAAUUGUCAUUUUGAUGUGCUAAUGAUACACAUGUUAUAUAUGGUUGUGAUUUCUAUAAAGUAUAUACACUCUUUAAGCUUGUACAUUUCAAUAUUUACAGGUGUUGGACUGCAGUACUACAGUCAUCUACUACAGCACAGUGAGCCAGCACAUGCACAGAGCAGAUUCAAGAAACAGCUUAAAAUCAUCUCUUCUGCAGAUUUCUGAAUAUUGCACCGCCCAGUAAAAGCUGCUGGCUAGUUCUUUCUUUAAACCCUUCAGAGUGCAUGACGGAGGCACUACAAAGAAGAAUCAUGCCACUUACACCUAUUAAAAUCUUUAUUCUGAUGUGUGGAUUUUGUUCCCGAUUUCACGCUAUCGAACAUCUACCAGUUCAAACAGUUCAAACAGUUCAAACAGUCGAGCGUGGAUCUGAUGUAUCUUUGCGAUGUGACGUCCCUCUGCUCUCUGAAUCCUCCACACUGCACUGGGAGAAAGAUGGAGAACAAAUAUCCAACACCACACUGAUGUACAACAACUCUGCCUACAUCAUCUUACACACUGUUGAUAAAUACAGUGAAGGGAAAUAUUACUGUAGAUUGAUGGAAGAUGGAGGAGUAGAAACUGUUAUGAUUCACACACUUAAUGUAACUUCACAUUCACACAAUGGAAAAAAUAAAAAUCGUCCCAUUUACAGGCAAAGCUCCAGUAAUAGUGAUGUAUUACUGAUCUGCAAAUCUGUCAGGAAAUAUGACAGCUUGAAGUGGACCUGGGAGCAGAUUGAUCUGAUAGCCUUUGAAAAAGGAAGACAAGUUCAGUUAAAAGGACCAAUUAAACCAGGGAGACAUUCUUCAACCACAUACAAUAAUCAAUCUAUAAUCUUUCACAUCUCACCUGUGAACUUCAAUUACAGAGGGACAUAUAGGUGUAUUACAGAGACUGGCAUCUACACAACAAUAAUACUACACACCGUCAGAGUCUCAGUGGAGCCCCCUGAUGGUGUGCUGAGGAAUCAGUCAGUGGUUCUUACCUGUGAAGUUUCUGAAGGAACUGGUUCAGUGACGCUGGUCUGGCUCAGGAUGGAGGGGAACAGAGGAGUUUUGGUCAAACAGCAAAUUAUGACUGAGAAAAAUAACAAGUUACAACUCACAGUGAAUCUAUCCAGCUAUGAAACAGACCCGCUGCACUGGCAGUGUGCAGUUUUUACUGAGAGUACACUCAGAGCUCUGGCCCCUAUAACAAACAGUCUUACCUCAACAAAUACAAAUGCUCCAAGUAUGUCAACAGAAACUUCAACUGUAACAAACCAAGCAAUGAACAAGCAUGCAAAGGCUGCAGCAUGCUGUGUUUUGGCUCUGUUUACUGGGAUUCUGCUUGGAGCUCUCUUGUAUUACUGUUACAGGAAACGAAUGUCAAUGCACUCUGACCCUCAGGAGUCUGAACCAGUCUACAUCAAUAUCAGCCAAAUGAGGAAUGAAAGAGAGCGCAGCAGCACAAUGGAAAACAGAGAAAACAGUCCUGAAAUAUACUGCAAUAUGAGAGGAAACAGAAAUGGAAAAACAAAUAUAAAUGAAAGAGAUGCGACAACAGUUACAUCAGACAGUAUAACCUACGCAACCAUUCAUUUCAACAAAUCCAGGUUCCAGACUUAGACAUAACUCCCCAACAUUAUUAUGAAAACCUGAGGAAGAGAGAGUUUUGUUAUUUGUUUAUUUGUAGUGUUUUAUUUAAGCUUUGUGAACCUCAAACUAUUGUCUCAUGGAGAAAGUAUAAUAUUUUCUUUAUUGAACAGCAGAUGGCGCUGUCAGAUUACAUAAACUAUCAGCUGAGUAGGUUUAGGGGUGUUGUGUGAUCAAAUACACCUAAACUGCCUUCAGUAAACCACCAUGAAUAUUAAUCUAACUGAUUUAAACUGGAUUAUUGCAUCCCUUAAUUAAUGUUGUGUUAGUGACGUGACGUGUACAAACUAAAGUGAAUAUUAUUAUGACUUUAUAUAUCUUAUGGUAUUAUAGCCGCCUUCAUUUAAGUGCAAGUAUGCUGGUGAAAUGGCCAUUUGAUGGCACUGUUUGAAAACAUACUUGAAAUAUAAUAAUAAUAAUAAAGAAAGUGUAAGUACAAAAAAGGGUA